CACUCCCCUGGGCUGGCCUCCUGCACUGGGCGCUAACAGUCCAGGCUCCGGGGACAGCCAGCGUUCCUGGCCGGCUGGGUGCAGCUCUCUUCUCAGGAGAGAAAGCUCUCUUGGAGGAGCUGGAAAGGUGUGGGCCCAGGUGCUGGGGACACCGAUGAAUAAAACUGAGUUUCUGUCUUCAAGAAGCUCCAAGUCUACUGAGUGUAGCAGAGAACAGGGAGAAGUCACUUCAGGGAGAAGACGUAGCACAUGCAAAGCCCAAGAAGGCAGGACGGAAGCUUCCUGUCUGUGCAGGAGGAUGAAGGAAGAGGGUGCCUGACCCGGCCAUGCUGGCGCUGCUGUGUUCCUGCUUGCUCCUGGCAGCCGGUGCCUCGGAUGUCUGGAUGGGAGAGGACCUGGCGGAGCAGAUCAGAGACACGCACGCCAAGGUCUCUGAUAUCUGGCAGAAGCUCACGCAGCGGCAGGACGACGACGACGCGCUCCACGCCACCUGCCAGGUGCAGCCCUCGGCCACACUGGACGCCGCGCAGCCCCGGGUCACCGGCGUGGUUCUGUUCCGGCAGCUCGCGCCCCGUGCCAAGCUCGAGGCCUUCUUCGACCUGGAGGGCUUCCCGGCCGAGCCGAACAGCUCCAGCCGCGCCAUCCACGUGCACCAGUUCGGGGACCUGAGCCAGGGCUGCGAGUCCACCGGGCCCCACUACAACCCGCUGGCCGUGCCGCACCCGCGCCACCCGGGCGACUUCGGCAACUUCGCGGUGCGCGACGGCCGCCUCUGGAAGUACCGCGCCGGCCUGGCCGCCUCGCUCGCGGGCCCGCACUCCAUCGUGGGCCGGGCCGUGGUGGUUCACGCAGGCGAGGACGACCUGGGCCGCGGCGGCAACCAGGCCAGCGUGGAGAACGGCAACGCGGGCCGGCGGCUGGCCUGCUGCGUGGUGGGGGUGUGCGGCCCCGGGCCCUGGGCGCGCCACGCGCAGGAGCACUCGGAGCGCAAGAAGCGGCGGCGCGAGAGCGAGUGCAAGGCCGCCUGAGCGCGGCCCCACCCGGCGGCGGCCAGGGACCCCCGGCGCCCCCCUCUGCCUUUGAGUUUCUCCAACAGGCACCCUCCUCCCUGGGAUCUCACCUUCGCCUUUGCUGAAAUCUCCCCGCAGCGCUCCCCGCCCAGGUCUCCCCUAUGUGCGCCGAGACCCUCCACCCUUUCCAUCCAGAGAACCGCCCGACCCUCGGAGUCCCCCACUCAGUGGGUCGAGGGCCUCCAUUUGUACUGAAACACCCCGCCCACGCUGACAGCCUCCUAGGCUCCCGGAGGCCUCUUUCCACCCGGUCCCUCCUCCCCUACCCCAUAAGCCCUGAGUACCCGCCUCUGACCCUCCUCCCCCACCCCAUAAGCCCUGAGACAACACCUCUGACCCUCCUCCCUCACUCUAGAAACCCUGAAUCCCCGCCUCUGACCUGACAAUCUUCCCUCUUCCCGCCUUCAGAUUCCUCCUAGGCGCUCGCUCGGAGGCCCCUCUGGGGGGUUACCUAGAGUCCCCUUACCCCUUCCCACCCACCACCGCUCCCGCGGCCAGCUGGCCGGUGCAGCGGAAGUCAGGCCAACUGCCCGGCGUCCUGAGCUGUUUCCCAUCCACCGCCACCCCACUGAGAGCUGUUCCUUAGGGGGGAUGUUAGGCAAUCUUCAUAUUGCACAUUAAAAAUUCAGCAAUUCA